AUGAAGCAAACUUAAUAAUAAAAAAAUCAGCAAUAAAAAUAAGACAGAUAAGAUUCAUAAUAAAAUAUAUCACCAUCAAUAACUUUUGAAAAAACAAUAGGAAAUGGAACUUUUGGCGUUGUAUAUUUAGGAAUAUUAGAUGAUACUAAUGAAAAAGUAGCAAUAAAAAAGGUAUUUUAAGACAAAAGAUAUAAGAAUCGUGAGUAUGAAAUUAUAAAAUAAUUAGAUCAUUAACAUAUAAUAAAAUUAAAGCAUGCAUAUCAUACAUAAGGAAAAAAUGAAGAUGAAGUUUAUUUAAAUUUAGUAAUGGAAUAUGUACCUGAAACUCUCUCAAAUAUAAUAAAAUAUUAUCGCAAAAACAAACAGCCAUUUCCCCCUUUAUUAUUAAAAGUAUUUUCAUAUUAAAUGUUUAGAGCAUUAGCAUAUUUAAAAGGCAUAGAAAUAUGCCAUAGAGAUAUAAAACCAUAAAAUAUUCUAUCAGAUUCUUCAAAAUAUUUAUUAAAAAUAUGCGAUUUUGGCUCAGCAAAAAAACUGAUAAAAGGUGAGCCUAAUAUAUCAUAUAUAUGUUCUAGAUAUUAUAGAGCUCCUGAAUUAAUUUUCGGCGCAGAAUAAUACACAACACAAAUAGAUGUAUGGUCAAUAGGAACUGUCAUUGCUGAAAUGAUUUUAUGUGAACCUCUUUUUCCUGGAGAAAAUGCAGUAGAUUAAUUAGUUGAAAUUAUAAAAAUAUUAGGCACUCCUACUUAAGAAUAAAUUCUUAAAAUGAAUCCAUAGCACAAUUAAUAAAAAUUUCCUUAAAUAAAACCUAGUUCAUGGUCAAAAAUCUUUGCAAAACAAAAACUAGAUCCUGUGUUAGUUGAUUUAAUUAAUAGAUUGCUAGUCUACAUUCCCACUGAUAGACCUACCCCUUUAGAAACUUUACUUCAUCCUUAUUUUAAUGAACUGAGAUAAGAAAAAUUUUGCUAAGCUAAUCCAGGUUUACCUGAUUUAUUUAAUUUUACAAAAGAAGAAAUAAGUACUUAGCCAUAAUUAAAAAACGCUUUAAUUCCUGAUUGGUAUAAGAAUAAAUAAAUUUAUAAUCUAAAUGACGAUUUUAACCAAAAAGUCAUUUUUAAAGGUUAAAAUAACAAUAAAUGAAAAUUCGUAAAUAUAAAAUCUAAAGAAACUUAUAAUUAUAGUUUUAAUAAAAAUAUUAUUAGUAAAGUUUUUAUUUAACUAUUAUUUAUAUUGUGAGUAAAAAUUUAUGAAUUUUUUUUAUUAU